AUGAGGAAGUGGAGAUAUGAUAAACAUAUAACCGAUGGCCCAGAGGAGGAAAUUCACCGCAGCAUCGUGAGAUGGCUGGGCGACUCCCCUUCUCCAGACUGCCCUCUGUCACUCCAUAACUUAGUUCAUUUUGGCCAUAAAUUAGGGAAGAAAGCAGGUGACUGUAUGGGCCAGCAUCUGUUGCUUAUAUAUUUAAAAAUAUUCAGUAUAUUUGAUAUUCUUAGAAAAAUAGUAUGUAACCAAAGAUCUGCAAAUUUCAGAGAAGCUGUAGAGAUGGGCUCUAAGUAUAUCAAAGACUUACAGAGGAUUUGUAUCUAUGUUGCUCAGGAUUGUGCAGUCUAUAUACAGGAUGUUUUGGACCUAUGCUCAACUUCAUGUCUGUGCAACAAGGGUAAACUCACACAGACUGCGAAGGAAGCAGAAGCGUGGAGACUCCGCAUGAGACAGAUGGGGAAGUCAGGCAGAAACUACCUGGAUCAGUCGUCCCAGGGACAUGGCCCGCGUGAAUGCAGGGGCAGCUUCACUCCUAAUGAAAAUCAUUACCUAUCCUUCAGAGACUUGGAAAGGGUUAAACAUUUGAAUUCGAGUGCUGGCCACAAGGACGUGAAAAAGCUCCCGGAAAAAGGCACUUCUAAUGCCUGUCCUGAAUGUGAUAACUGGAGAUCUGUGUUGAUAAUGGUUCCUGUUAGACUAGGUGGAGAAGGAUUGAAUCCCAUAUACGAGUCUUGCCUUUAUGCAUUGUUCACCCAUGACCUAUGCAUUGGUAUCAUCGGAGGACGUCCUAAACACUCCCUCUACUUCGUUGGAUUUCAAGAAGAAUCGUUGAUCCACCUGGAUCCUCACCUCUGCCAAGAUGCUGUGAUGGUCACCCAGCCAGUCUUCCCCGUCUCUUCCUACCAUUGCUCCUCCCCUCGCAAAAUGGCCCUCUCUCGCAUGGACCCUUCAGCCACUUUAGGUUUUUAUUGCCACUCCAGAACUGAUUUUCUCCGUUUGAUGGAAGAAUUACCAGAGAUUUUAACUCCCAAACAACCAGGAUUCGACUAUCCUAUAUUUGAGUUUGUGGAUGGCCGUUGCGAAGACACAGAUGCCUGCACACGCCAAGUGUCCACUGAGGACCAAAUGGCAGCUUCAUUACCACGGGACACUCCGCUCCUUCCUCAGGAUUCUGAGGAAUUUGUUUUUCUCUAGCAUGUCACAAUAUGGAUAGGGAUUUAUGUUGUAAAGUAAUUAUGAUCACCAUUCUCCCAGGUUGGUGAGUUCAAUUAGGAGUGUGAAGCAUGGAUGUCAUAGUCAGGACAGGAGAGUUCAGCAUAGACUAUAGAAUGCUAGAAACCUUGAACAGGGAAUUAAAGAAAAAGAAAAGAAACGGUUGUUGUUUUUUAUGUUUGUUUUUGUUUUGGAGGAUAUGUUUAGGAUUUGGAAAAUAUAUGUUAACCAGUUGAAUA